GUAGAAAGGUGAGAUAGUAGUAACCUAUAGACUACGUCUGCUCAACAGCCAACAAGAACACACAGGAGGUCCUUAGGAGCGUUAUUUCAAACAGCAGGAGACCAUGAUGGCCAAGUUGUAUGGGAGGCCCAGCGAGGGGGCGGAGCUAGUCAGUUCUCUGGAGUGGAUGGAUGAUGAAGUGAGCUCCCCAGACGGAGAUGAGCCAAUCACAGCAAACCGCUACAGACCGGGUGGAAUGGGCCACCUGGGCAGGGAGCUGGGCAGUGAGGACAUGGAGGAGGAUGAAGAGGAAGGGGAAGAGGAGGACCAUGGAGACGGGAACGCUCCCAAACGCAGAGGGCCCAAGAGGAAGAGGAUGACCAAGGCCCGGCAGGAGCGCUUCAAGGCGCGGCGUGUGAAGGCUAACGCCCGGGAGCGCUCGAGGAUGCAUGGGCUGAACGACGCUCUGGAAAACCUGCGCAGCAUCAUGCCCUGCCACUCUAAGACCCAGAAACUGUCUAAGAUCGAGACUCUGCGGCUGGCCCGCAACUACAUAUGUGCCCUGUCUGAAGCCCUGGAGGGGGACCAGUCCACGGAGAGCAGGGCCUUUAUGGAAACCCUGUGUAAAGGCCUCUCCCAGCCUACCAGCAACCUGCUGGCUGGCUGUCUGCAGCUGGGGCCUGGGGGGCAUAUCGAGGAGAGGCCUGAAGACAGGCAAGGGGGGAGAGGAGGACCCACAAUCCUGGGAGGGGUGGGGAUGGCCGUUGGACCAAUCAGCUACUCCUCCCCCGGCCUGCCCAGCCCGCCUUACGGCACACUGGACUCCGCCCACCUACUCCACCUGAGAGGGAUGAAGGGAGGGGCUUACGAGAGCCACUCCCCUAACGACUGUAACAGUGGGGUAGGCACCCCUCCCUACGAUGGCCCCCCCACGCCCCCGCUCAGCAUUGGCAGUAACCUAGUUCUCAAGCAGGAGUCCUCGCCCCACUAUCUUCCCCCUCACCACUACCCCCCCUCCUCCAUCGGCCUGACAGGCCCCCAGGGACAGGUCUUGUACCAGAGCGCCCGCUACCAGGUGCCCCUGGAGAUGCCCUAUGAUUCAUACCGCCCUCCUCACAUGGCACCCCCACAGAUGGGCACCGUCUAUGGGGAUUAAGGCGUAGAGAGGACAGAUGGGGCAGAUGAGACUCUCCCCAAUAACACACUUCCCCAACUGGCUCCAUCUUGAC